UCCUCAUAAUAAACGGAGGGCGGAGGGCAGUCGUCGUUAUUCCCAGUAGAGAGGGGCGUGAAAGUGGGGCUGUGCGGUAUGAGGACUCGGAGGAGGCCCUAGUGCGCCUGCGCAGGUGAGGCUGAUGCUCCCCCUGACCCACUCCACUUCCGCAGGGGCAGCGCGGGGUCCUAGUCAGGUCUGGGAGGCCGCUGUGCAUUUCUGAGAGAUGAGCCGUGUGUUGCAGUGUGCUAUAUUUACUGUGCUCAUGGGACUGUUGCUCACAAGAACCAUGGCCUGGACUUCAAGUGGGAAAACACAUGCUGAGCUACUCAACAAUCUUUACAAAAAUGGAGUGAUUAAAUCUCAACGGGUCUUGGAUGUGUUAUUGGCCACAGAUAGAGCCCACUACACCAAGUAUUUCCCAUACAUGGAUUCUCCUCAGUCAAUAGGAUAUAAGGCUACAAUCAGUGCACCCCACAUGCAUGCCCAUGCUCUGGAGUUGCUGAAGGAUCAGCUAGUGGAAGGAGCAAAGGCCCUGGAUGUGGGAUCAGGAAGUGGUUACCUCACAGCUUGCUUUGCUAGAAUGGUGGGUCCCACAGGGAAGGCAGUAGGCAUAGAACAUAUUGAAGAGCUGGUCCAUGAAUCCAUCAGAAAUGUCAGAGAAGAUGACCCAACUCUACUCACUUCUGGCCGUCUGAAACUUCUGGUUGGCGAUGGCAGGCAGGGAUACCCUGAAGAAGCACCUUAUGAUGCUAUCCAUGUUGGAGCAGCAGCAGACACUGUACCAAAGGAGUUGCUGAAAGAGUUGAAGCCAGGUGGCCGGUUGAUCUUGCCAGUUGGGCCUGCAGGUGCAAACCAGGUUCUGAUGCAGUAUGACAAAACCAGUGAUGGGCAAAUCGUGGAAACGCAACUGAUGGGCGUGAUCUAUGUUCCCCUGACAGAUAAGGAGAAGCAGUGGCCUCGGGAUGAAGUCUGACAGAAUAUCCCUUACAAAAUGAUCUUGGAAAGCUCAUGAAUCAGUUCCUGAAGAAGCAACUAUAGAUGUGUAUAGCUUUGCUUUAUACAUUUUUUUUUCUAACUUGGACACAUCACAAUGGCAUUUUCUGCUUUUUAAAGAACUCAAGGAGGAGUUGGAGAAGAAUAUUUUUCCAGAUCAGUCAGAACCCAGUUCCUAGGCUGUGGAGAUCUUGUCUGAUUUCUUCCUGGACUGAGUAAAACCAGAUAAGCCCAGUUGUCCUCUUUGGUCAGCUCCACAUACAAUAUCUAUGUGAAUGGAGAGUGUGCAAUACUGUUACAGAUUUGAGAAUUCAUGUGUAUUAUACUUGAUUAAAUGGUAGCACAUUAUAUUCAUGACUUGCUCAUCUGAUGCUUGAAGAAAAAUUACAGUAUAUAUUUGAUCCGAUUAAUCUUCUAGAUUAAACGUAUUCUUUUCUCAUC